ACAGCUGGUGCUGCAGGCUCAGGAAGGGAUCUUCCGGCCUCUCAACGUGUUUUCCUCUGUGCUUUUUUUAGUGGUAACAUAUCGCUUCUGUCUUCCUGAGAGCACAGUGCGACAGGAACAAAAUGAGCCUCCGUUUGCCCCACACAUUCACUUCAGAUUAUGCUCACAAUGUUAUAACGGUGGCAGACAGGAUUAAAAGUGUUACAAGUUGCAAGGAGUCGUCUUUCCUGUGUGCACAUCUCCAUUGCCUUCGCCUUGGAGGUGUCCGUGGGCAAGACCAAUACCGUGACUGCCCUGAACGGCUCCAAUGUUCUGUUGCCCUGUGUCUUCACCACCUGCAUAGGCUUCCAGGACCUGGUCUUCACAUGAUUUACCACGGCAAGAUAAAGACCAAGGCCUCAGAGCCCUUCCUCGUGGGGCGCAACCCCCGUGUCGAGUUUGUGGGCUCCACGACUGGCAAGGACAACAACAUCUCCAUCCUUCUGAACGAGGUGGACUUCAGCGACGCCGGGAAGUACACGUGCCACGUCAAGAACCCCAAGGAGAAGAACGCGGAGCACAGUGCCUCCAUCUUACUCACCGUGGUCCACAAGAUGGUGGAGACGGACAACACGGUGACGCUCAUCAUCGUGGGCGUCGUGGGGGGGCUCAUCGGCCUGCUCAUCCUCUUCAUGCUGGUCAAGAAGGUCGUCCUCUUCAUCAUCAAGAAGACGCAGGACAGGAAGAAGGAGUGCCUUGUCAGCUCCUCGGGGAACGACAACACCGAGAACGGCCUGGCCGGCUCCAAGGCGGACCAGAAAGUGGCCCCCAAGGCGUGA